CUCUCUCUCCCCCCGCGAACCAAUCUUAGACUAAAUGAGAUAGCUGAAGUUCCCCGUUCUACCAGUCUGCCUAGUAGACUAGAUAUUAUUAGGUGCCUCCCAAACUCCUACCAAUUUCAAAACACUAAAACCCCAUCUGAUGAUUUCCUCUUCUUCACCAUCCAUGAAGCUUAAAGUUUCUACUCUUACUUCCUUGAUCUAAUCAUUUUAUAAGUGUCCUUUCACUGUAUACUUUUGUAGAAAAAUAGGUUUUGAGAGACAAUAUGAGAGCAGGAGGUUGCACAGUGCAACAAGCUCUAACGAAUGACGCAGCUAAUGUCGUAAAGCAAGCUGUAACUCUUGCUAGGCGGCGCGGCCAUGCCCAAGUCACUCCCCUCCAUGUAGCUAACACCAUGCUUUCUGCUUCUACAGGCCUGCUCCGCACGGCUUGCAUUCAAUCCCACUCUCAUCCCCUUCAGUGCAGAGCCUUAGAGCUUUGUUUUAAUGUCGCCCUAAAUCGCCUUCCUGCCUCGUCUUCAAGCCCUAUGUUGGGAGGUCAUUCCCAAUACCCUUCCAUCUCUAAUGCCCUGGUUGCCGCUUUUAAGCGUGCUCAGGCUCACCAAAGGCGUGGCUCCAUUGAAAACCAGCAACAACCACUCUUAGCGGUUAAAAUAGAGCUAGAGCAGCUUAUUAUAUCCAUCUUAGACGAUCCUAGUGUAAGUCGAGUGAUGAAAGAAGCUGGUUUUUCUAGUACACAAGUGAAAAGCAACGUCGAACAAGCCGUGUCCCUAGAAAUUUGUUCUCAAAACGCUCCUUCAGUGAAUAGUAAAUCUAAGGAAAGUAGUAAUGGUAAUUUAGUCCUCUCUCAAUCUCCUAGUACUGCUGCUCAAGUUGGAAGUAAAGUAGGGACACCAAGAGGACCGGAUCCAAUUCGGAACGAAGAUGUCAUGUUUGUGAUAGAGGAUUUGAUGAACAAAAAGAGCGGAAGUUUUGUGGUUGUAGGAGAGUGUAUUUCUAGUACUGAGGGUGUCGUUAGAGCAGUGAUUGACAAAGUUAACAAGGGAGAUGUUCCUGAGUCUUUGAGAGAUGUAAAGUUUAAAAACCUUUCUUUCUCUUCUUUUGGGCAUCUAAAUAGAGUAGAGGUUGAGCAAAAAAUUGAAGAGCUAAAGAGCCAUGUGAGGAACUCUGUAGGAACAGGGAUUGUUUUCAAUUUGGGAGAUCUAAAAUGGGCUGUUGAGUAUAGGGCAAGUUCAAGUGAGCAAGGUAGGGGGUAUUAUUGUCCAGUGGAGCAUAUGAUGAUGGAGCUUGGGAAAUUGGUUUGUAAUAUUGGAGAGAGCGGUAGGUUUAGGCUCAUAGGGAUUGCCACUUUCCAAACUUACAUGAGAUGCAAAUCUGGCCAUCCAUCACUGGAAACUGUUUGGGGUCUGCAUCCUCUAACAAUUCCUGCAGGCAGCUUACGCUUGAGUCUCAUCACAGACAGUGAUCUACAAAGCCAGUCCACAAGCAAGAAAGUUGAAAACGGAUCAAGCUGGAUUUUGCUUGAUGAUGGAGAGGAGAAGAAACUGACUUGCUGUGCUGAUUGCUCCGCCAAGUUUGAGAACGAAGUUCGAAGCUUACAAAGCAGUACUUGUAACAGUGAGUCCACUACUUCAAGUCUUCCUCCAUGGUUUCAACCAUACAAGGAUGAGAACAAAGGACUUGGCAGCAAUGAUAAGGACUCUGCCCCAGUCAGAGAACUUCGCAAAAAGUGGAACUCAUUUUGCAAUUCAGUCCAUAAACAACCAUAUUCAUCUGAAAGAACCCAUACAUUCUCUUCUAUUUCACCUCCUUCCUCUACUUCUUGCUUUUCACAUGACCAACAAUACUCUCAUUUGCACCAGCCCCACCAUGACUGGCCUGUGGUUGAACCUAGACAGUCUUGGAGAGACCACCAACUUUGGAUUUCUGAAACAGUUGACAAGAUUGUUGAACCCACAGGUUUGAGAUUAUAUAUUCCAGACCACAAGGACCCUAAACAACUAUUAUCGUCAAAACUUAAUUCCACCCCGAACUCAGCUUCUUCCAGUGAUGUAAUGGAGAUGGACUAUGUUCGCAAGUUCAAGGAGCUAAAUGCGGAAAACUUAACCACCCUAUGCACUGCUUUGGAGAAGAAGGUGCCAUGGCAAAAAGAUAUAAUUUCGGAGAUUGUGAGCACAAUUUUAAAAUGCAGGUCUGGAAUGUUAAGAAGAAAAGGGAAGUUGAGAGAUGGUGAGUCUAAAGAAGAAACUUGGUUGUUUUUCCAAGGCGUUGACGUUCAAGCUAAAGAGAAGAUAGCUAGAGAGCUUGCUAGGCUUGUUUUUGGGUCCCAGACCAACUUCGUUACAAUUGCAUUAAGCAGUUUCUCUUCUACACGAGCAGAUUCAACCGACGAUAGUCGAAACAAGAGAUCAAGAGAUGAACAAAGUUGCAGUUACAUCGAAAGAUUUGCUGAAGCAGUUUUGAGCAACCCACAUCGAGUCUUCUUUAUUGAAGAUGUUGAGCAAGCUGAUUAUUGCUCUCAAAUGGGUUUUAAAAGAGCUAUUGAAACAGGAAGAAUAGCCAAUGCAAAAGGACAAGAAGCUAUUCUUAGCGAUGCUAUCAUCAUUUUGAGCUGUGAAAGCUUCUGCUCAAGAUCAAGAGCUUGCUCCCCUCCUUCCAAGCAAAAAUUGGAUGGCUCUGAGAAAGAAAAAGUUGCUGCAUUGGAAGAGACAAGUCCUUGCGUGUCAUUGGAUUUGAAUAUUUGCAUUGACGAUGAUAGUAUCGAGGAACAAUCAAUCGACAACAUUGGGCUUCUUGAAUCUGUUGACAGGAGGAUCAUAUUCAAAAUUCAGGAGUUAUAAAAAAUUGAAUAAACCCUUCAAGUGAUUAAGUCACACUUUCGUUGUUCUUUUCCUUCUUUAAAAAACAAAAAUCUUUUUGUGAAAAUUCUCUUUGUUCAAAUAGUCUUUAGAUUCUCAGACAUUUCCUAGAGAUGGAAUAGAAGAAGCAGUUGCCUGUUAAUGUAAAACUACGUGUACAUUAUCUUCUACUAUUAUCUUUCCGCUAAUAGGAUGUUGGUUUCGAUC